ACUUCCUUGUUUUUCCAAAGUUUUAUUUUGAUAAAAGUUGGUUGCGUUUUCGGCGUCCUGCUUUCUAAAAAUCCACCUGUUUAACCGUCACAGUCAGUGUACAUUUAGCUAUAUUCAAUUAAACGCAUGAAGAGCGUUGAUGGUUCGUGACAGUAGCUAGCUCGCAGGCUGGCUCUUUAUUUUGCAAGCAAAGUAGCGGAGAGUUUGAUCGAGGCAGAAUGCUUUCUGCCAGUGCUGCCAGCGACGAGGAUUUCAGCCUCAGGUUUCCACUGCAUGUCCUCGUCUGGGAGAAUGACUACAGGAGGCUGGAGAAAGACAUACAGACGAAUAAUAUGGAAGAGGUUGAUCCAAGAGGUCGAACCCCUUUGCAUCUGGCUGUCUCGUUAGGGCACCUGGAGUCUGUGAGAGUGCUGCUCAGACAUGGUGCGGAUGUUACCAAAGAAAAUGGCAAACAUUGGACAGUGCUGCAGGAGGCGGUCAGCACUGGAGAUCCAGAGAUGGUGCAGCUGGUGCUCCAGAGGCGAGAUUUUCUCAAAGCCUCCACUGCGCUGGGUGGUGUUCCAGAGUUACUGUGCAAGAUCCGAGAGUCUCCAGAUUUCUACAUGGAGAUGAAGUGGGAAUUUACUAGUUGGAUACCUCUUGUGUCUCGCGUGUGUCCCAGCGAUGUGUGUAGAAUCUGGAAGAGUGGUGCAUGUCUUAGGGUGGACACCACCCUGCUGGGCUUUGAAAACAUGACCUGGAUCCGAGGAAGAAGAAGCUAUAUCUUCAGAGGAGAUGACAACUGCACAGAGCUGAUGGAAGUUAAUCACGAGGAAGAGGUGGUGGACACGGAACGCUUUGAUCUCUCACGCGAGAUAGAAGACGUCACACUCGACUCCAUGCAGCCUGCCGAACAGGAAGUAGCCAAGAGGCUGACCACGUCCAUUGUUAACACAUACCUGGACACGAAGGACAUUGCGUUUGAGAGGUGUAAGUCAGGUAUCUGGGGUUGGAGGUCGGACAGAACAGAGGUAGUAAAUGGAUUUGAAGCCAAGGUUUUUUCCGUGAACAAUGUGAAUGUUGUGAUUCGCACUAGGACGGAGCACCUCACAGACGAGGAGAAGGCCAGGAUAAAAAGUGAAAGGAAUGUUCUGGAAUCUUUGCUCGGCACAGUAGAACAACAGAUUGGUGCUCAAGGGGACAUGACGAUGGAGUUUGCCACAGCUACGAACCCCACAGCCAUUACUCCAGAGGAGUACUUUAACCCCAACUUUGACCUGCAGGGCAGAGACAUCGGCCGACCCAUUGAGCUCUCCAUCAGAACACAGAAAUUUAAAGGCACUCUGUGGAUGAGUGAGGAGCAUCCUCUGUCUUUAGUGGAGCAGGUCACACCCAUUAUUGACCUGAUGGCCCGCACCAGCACUCACUUCGCCCGACUCAAGGACUUCAUCAACCUCAGGUUUCCCCCUGGCUUCCCUGUGAAGAUCGAAAUCCCGCUGUUUCACGUGUUGAAUGCCCGCAUCACAUUCGGAAAUGUCAACAAAUUCAGUACAGAUGAGCCUCUGGACACCAACCAAUCAUCUUCUGCGCCAACGCCUACAGAGGAGAAGUGUGGAGAUGGAGAUGGAGAGGGCAGUCAGGCAUCAGGUUCAGAAAGACCUGCUCCGUUCCAGGUGUGUCCCUCUGUGUUCACGACACCCGCACACUAUCACCACAGAGGGGGCUACCGUCACUCAAACACACGCCAUCACAACCCUACCAGUCAUGAUGAAGAGCUGCUUCAAUACGCCAUACACCAGAGCCUACUCGAUUCUAGUGGACUUAAUGCACAGGACACUUGGAGUGAUUCCGAUGUAAUGCUGACACAAACCGUGGAGAACAGGUUGAGUGAUGGGUUCGGUUCUGAGGGAGUUCUAGUAGAUCUUAGUGACACCACACCCUCAAGCUCUGGCUCCACCUCCAGCCCCGACACUGACCUGCGAUUGGCUAUGGAGCUCUCUGCCCGGGCACAGGAAGAGGAGGAAAGGAGAAGGAAAGAAGAAGAGGAAGAAUUAGAGAGAAUUAUACAACUCUCACUAAAAGAAAAGUGACAAGUUAAGAUGAGGGAAGGAAAAACAAAGGGAGUUCCUGUCAUUGCCAUUAUCAUUCAACCUUUUUAUUUAUACCACUCCUAAGAUUCAUGCAGUUCUGUCUUGCCACUGACAAACAUAUGACUACAUUUAUAGUUAUGUAUUUUCAAGUAUGGAGGCGAUCAGAAAUAUUCUGGUUCCUUAUCCAAACAAAUUAAGCAUGCAUUUUAUUUUGACUUUAUUUGUUGAUAACAGAUUCAUAUCUUACAAUUCAUAUGGGCUACGUUUUCUUUUCCUCCUCAAAAGAGAUGAUCAUGCAUUCUUUUGCGUGUAUUUUACAAAAAAUAUUUCAGCGCUGUUGCUUUAAGAUUAUGUGGUAGAAAGGUAAUGUGACGUUCUUGAAAGUCCAGACAUGAACCUGUGUGUGUGUGUCUUGCUAGAAAAUAUGUGAAUUUUGCUUGUGACAAACAGGAAUAAUUUGGUUUAGCAUUAACAUUAGCUUUAGAUUUAUAUUAAUACUGUAUCUCAGGGUUCUACUGGUCAUCAGUUGUCGGUUCCUUUUAAAACCAUUUUAAAUACAGCCAAGUAAAAGGAGAGGUUAAUUUUUGAUACAAAACAGUAGGGCAGUUCACCCAAAACUAAUAAUUCUGUCAUAAUUUACUCACCUUAAUGUUCCAAACCUUUGUGACUUUCCUCUGUAAGACAAAAAAGGAGAUGAUGAGCAGAAUGUUAGGGACUGACAGCCUGAUUCACUUUCAUUGUAUGGUAAAGAGCAGCAUCAACAUUUUUCAGAUUUUCUCCUCAUGUUCCACUGUAGAAAGUGAGUCAUACCGGUUUGGAAUGACAUUAGGGUGUGUAAAUGAUGGCACAAUUUUCAUUUUUGGGUGAACAAAUCCUUCAGUGUGUACUAUUGAGUUUAGACAACUGACUAAAGCACCUCUACUGUAAAGGCAAUAAUUCACACCACCGUGCCUCCCAGGAGUAAGAGGCACUCAUAACUGUAAUAUUCCUGACAUGGACUGUAAGAUUCAAGCAAAUAUGCCUCAAGCUUUUAGUCUUCCUAAUUUGUAAAAUAAUACAAUACAACAGCUAAUACCACCAUAACUAUCUUUUAAUGCAAAGCAUGAAUGUGGCAGUACUGGGUCACUUUUCUGGCACCAACAAAACCUCAUUCUACACUAAAGGACUAGCUGAAUGUGAAAGGAAAACCAGCCGAGUAUGUGUUUGAAGGUGUUGUAAAAAUGAGUUGAUUGUGGUUGGACAGCAUUGUUUGGUGACUUAGGUUCUUAUGUGGUAUAAUUGUGGAAGAACCUGCCCUGCACUCUUCAGGAAUCAAAGCUGCAGUGGUACAACAGUGUUUCCGGCUGCUCGAUAGGGAAUCUCUCACUGUUCUUUACUCUUGUAGCUGACAGUACUAUAUAUUUGGUCAUUAUUUUCUUGAUGUCUUGAAUUUCCUUUCUUUUGUCGUCUUCUUCUGUGAGUGUUUUUAAAGCCUAGUGAGACUCAAAAAUGUCUAAGUAUUGUCUUAGGGCUUGCAGUAUCUCUCUUACUACUUUUGUAUGAACUAGUGUGUGCUUGAACUGAUUUUGACAGUGUCCUCUGUCUUCUUAUUAUGGUAUGAUGUUAGUAGAAAGUCAUUAUUCUGCUUCACCAGGAUGGUGGUAGUUCACAUGCAUUUAAAAUGGUGAUUUCUUAUAGGUUAUUAUUUUUUAUAGAUUUUUUUUUUUCAGGGAGUUGAUUUAGGUUUCCUGUUAUUCCUGUGCAGCACAUAAAUAAAAGUAUAGAAUAAAUCUAAAGUUCUGACUAUGAGUAUCCACACAACAUUAUUAUUGGACAUGGAAUACAAAUCAAUUAAUUAUUUAAAACUUAACUUGUGGUAUUUCCUUGGGUCUAAGUCUAAACUUGUAACUAAAUGCCAAAAUGUUUAAUGAUCUUUACUGUAUCAGGGUUAGCAGUAGUUUGAUUCUCGGUUAAUUGUCACACUGCAAAAUGCAAGUUAAAAUACUGUCUGAGCAUGUUGAAAUCCUGAAGGCAUUUGUAAACUGUGAU